CGCCUCUUCCCAUAAGACAUGAGCAUCUUGACACCGCCUCCCACACCACUAACGCACUAAUGACCCUCCCCUUCAUCCCCAUCAGCGAGUGCUGCCUCCGUGGCUCCAAGCUCCCCGGCGAGCCGACAGGCGAGCUCCAGCUCGCGGGCUCGACCGUGAACGGCCAUACCCUCCGCAUUGACCGGUACUACGCGCGCCCAGCUGAGGUCAAGCACCCCAAGACGUGCAUGGUGCUGUUCUACGACAUCUUCGGGUUCUCUAUUCACAACCCCAAGAUCCUGGCCGACACAUACGCCGCCCAGCUCGGCGUGGAGGUGUAUGUGCCCGACUACAUCCCAAGCCCACCGCCAGCGGAUGCACUCAACUCCGCUAUUGAGUGGUACCCCGGAGAGAAGAAGGACCAGGGCUGGCUCGCGAGCCUGUGGGGGAAGCUCAGCCUCUUGAAGAUGCUGCCGUACGCUCUGGGCAUCCUCGAUGGGCAGGCACUCCCGCUGGUGGACAAAGCCAUGGCCGACAUCGCGGACGCGGGGUACACCUCCGUCGGUGCGAUCGGCUACUGCCGUGGCGGGACGAUGAUCUCCUACCUCCUCUCGAAGGGCGAUGAGUCUCCGAUCGCUGCCGGCGUCGCCUUCCACCCGGAAUACACGCCCGCGCGGUACCCACUGUACAAGCGCCCGGCGGCGUUCGUGCUCGCCGAAGACGACGCAUACAUCUACGGGGACCGUGUCGAGGAGAUCAUGUCCAAGUUCGGCACGGCGCCGAACGAGGCAACCUUCUUCAAGGACACGGCGCACGGCUUCGCGGCGCGCCCGUCAUUCGAGCACGCGCCGACCCUCAAGGCGUUCCACGAGGCGAACGGCAAAGCCGUGGCGUUCUUGCGGCGCAACCUGUCUCUGUGAUAACUUGUACAGUAAUAGUAACAUGUAUGGUUCUAGUUGCGCGG